UGAAAAAUCGCAAAGGAUAAAGAACUUCUCUCAAGAAAAAGAUAAAUUAAUUGUGUCUGUGUGGUUUAACACAAGUAAGUAUGCAAUUACUGGGAAUGAACAACAAGGUGGUGCUUCCUGGCCUAGAAUAUUGAAAUACUUAGAAUUUCAUGGAGGCAAUCAAGAAGAGCGUUCGCAAGCUUUUAUUAAAAGUCGUUGGACUGAUAUAAAUGCAAAAUGUGGCAAAUUUGUCAGUUUUUAUAGUCAAAUUGAAAGAUUGCGACAAAGUGGACACACCGAGCAAAAUAAUGUAAUAAUUGAGCUUUUUUAGAUAGGCACUGCUAUGAUUUGAUAUUUGAACUAUUGACCUAAUGAUUUUAUAUGUUUUUUGGGUUGAUGAAACAAAAGAAAUGUUUGCUAAGAUCAUUGGAACACCAUUUAAAUACGAGCAUUGUUGGAAUAUAUUGAAAAUGGAGCAAAAAUGGACUGAUAAUCUCACCAGCAAUAAGAGAGCAAAAACCAAUUCAACUGGUAGUCCUGCUGAAAAUCAUGUUGAUUCUUGCUAUUCAACUCCACAUUUAGGGGAUGACACUGAACCCUCGUCCACUUCUAACCUCGAUAGGCCAUUGGGCAGAAAGGCUUUGAAGAAACAACUUAAAAACAAAGAGCUGAAGAUAUACUAGAUCAUUAUUGAAGAAUUUCGGUAGAGACUUGAAUGAAAACUACCGUAAAUAAUUCAUUCGAUGGUAAUGGAACUUAUACACAGAGAGUCCUAAAAACAAUUAACUUAUCUCCUAGAUAUCAGCUCACCUAUCUCCUAGAUAUUCUCCUAUUUUAUAGGAGAAGAUUACAACUUAAUUUACAGAUAACAAGAUAGCCUACAAACUUUAAAUAAUUUUCAGAAUUUAUCUUUUUCAGCUUAUCCAGUGAUAAACCUUCUUCUUCCGUGAGAUUAUCUUCCAAGACUUUUAAUGGAUUACAACUUCUUCCAACACCCUCCCUCAAGCUGAGGAAUAGAUGUUCAUCAUUCCCAGCUUGCUUCUAAGGAUUUCAAAACCCUGUUUUUGCAUGGCUUUAGUUAAGAUAUCUGCCUCCUGAUUAGCUGUAGGGAUAUACAUCAGUUUUAUGCCUCCUUCUUCUAUCUCUUGCUUGACAAAGUGCCUGUCAAUUUUGACAUGCUUCAUUCGGUUAUACUGAACCGGGUUGUUCACAAUGUUAAUGGCUGAUUGACUAUCACUAUAGAGCACUUUAGAUGAUGACAUAGGCAUAGACAGGUCACUCAUUAAUUUUUCUAACCAAAUUACCUCACAAAUUCCUCGAGAAAUGGCCCGGUAUUCCGCUUCUGCACUGCUCCGAGCCACAAUUGGCUGUUUUUUGCUCCUAUAGGUCACUAAAUUGCCCCAAACUUUGGUGCAAUACUCGGAUAUUGAUAUGCUAUCUUCAAUUGAACUGGCCCAAUCCGAAUCAACAAAGCCAACAAUCCUCCUAUCUUGAUUUUUCUUGAAUAACAGCCCUAUCCCAGGUGUCCCUUUGAGGUAUCUGAGAAUAUGAUAGGCUGCCUCAAGAUGUCUCUUGCUCGGUCGAUGCAUAUACUGACUUAUAAUGCUUAUAGCAUAGGCUAUAUCUGGCCUAGUGUGAGAUAGAUAAAUCAGCUUUCCUACCAACCUUUGAUACCUCCCUUUAUCUACCAAAUAGUCUCCAUUUUCUUCCUUAUUUUUCUAGUUUGGCUCUAGGGGAGUACUUGCUGGUUUACAACCCAUUUUUCCUAUUUCUUGUAGCAGGUCCAGAGUGUAUUUUCUCUGAGAUAUAAAUAUGCCUUCACUGCUCCUAGCUAUUUCCAAUCCAAGGAAAUAUCUUAAUUCCCCUAAGUUCUACACUUCAAACACUUGCCUCAGCUGUUGCUUCAACCUCUCAAUCUCUUGCAAAUUGUCCCCUGUGAUGAUAAUAUCAUCCACAUACACUAUAAAGAUAGUUCUUUUUCCAUUUUCUUCAACUUUAGUGAAGAGAGUGUGGUCAGCUUGGCCUUGCUUGUACCCUAGUGUGUAUAGAGUAUCACUAAACCUUUUUAACCAAGCUCUAGGAGAUUGUUUAAGCCCAUAGAGUGAUUUCUUCAAUUUACAUACCUUUCCUUUAGUGCUGCCUUCUUCAAAACCUGGUGGAAGUCUCAUGUAUAUAUCUUCUUCUAGCUCUCCAUUUAAAAACGCGUUUUUUACAUCUAGCUGGUGUAAUCUCUAGUCUAGAUUUACAGCCAAGGACAAUAACACCUGGAUGGAGUUCAAUUUUGCCACUGGUGCGAAGGUUUCAUCAUAAUCUAGGCCAUGGGUUUGGGUAAAUCCUUGUGCCACAAGCCUUGCCUUGUAUCGGUCAAUUUUGCCAUCAGAUCUAUACUUUAUGGUGAAAACCCACUUGCUUCCCACUGCUUUCUUUCCCUCUGGUAGCUCAGUCACUUCCCAGGUAUUAUUUUUCUCCAAAGCUGUCAUUUCUUCCAUAACAACUCCCUUCCAGUUCUUAUCUUGUAGAGCCUGAUUAAUAUUUGUAGGAAUAGUCUCCUGAUCUAGACUUGCAGUAAAUGCUCGGUAUUGAGGAGACAAUUUUGAGUAUCCCAAGUGAUUUGAGAUGGGAUAUUUUGUACAAGCUCAUACCCCUUUCCUUAGGGCAAUUGGAAUUCCAAGGUCAUCUUCAACUCUGCUCUCGGUUGCCACCCUACCUUCUUCAACAUUUUCUGGACUUAUCCCCAAGUUAGAUGAAUGUGUAGGCUGGGGAUUCUAAGGUCUUCUUGAGCAAACCUGGAGAGGAGGUUUAUUCUUAGCUUGAUCUUCCCUACAGGUCUCAGUAUUUUCUCCUUCCCUCCUUGGAUGAUCUAAGAUUGGAUUGAUAGAGUCAGUCUUUAGAUUAGGAUCAUCCCGAGAAUUCUCAGGCUUUUGGGAUGGCUCACAAAGAGGAUUAGGAUAAGGAUGACCAGAUAUAGGCAAUAGAGUACUCCAUAUAUCUUAUGGGUUGUUGGUAUUUUCUUGAGGCUGAUGGUGUUUGAUACUCGAAGAAGGAGACAUCACAGGAAACAAUGAACUUUCUAUUAGUAGGAUCAUAACAUUUAUAUCCUUGUUGAGUGGGAGAAUACCUAACAAACACACAUCUCGAAGCUUUAGGGUCUAGCUUAGAUUGAUUUGGUUGUUUUUGGUGUACAAAGACUGUACAUCCAAACACUUUUAGAGGCAGAGAACUGAGGACUCUAGAAUGGUGAGGAAAGAAAUCAAUAAGGACGCUCAAGGGGGUUUGGAACUUCAGAGUUUUUGAGUGUAGCCUAUUGAUGAGAUAGGCGGAUGUUAGGACAGCUUCCCCCCAAUAGUUGCUAGGAACUGAUCUAGCAAACAUCAAGGCCCUGGCUGUUUCAAGAAGGUGCCGAUUUUUCCUUUUUGCAAUCCUAUUUUGCUAAGGAUUGUAAGGACAUGAGUUUUGGUGAACAAUACCAUGCUCAUCUAGAUAUUGAUUGAAUUCGUUUGAGAAAUAUUCUUGGCCAUUGUUUGUUCUGAGAACAUGAACGGUGGUUUGGAAAACAUUCAAGACCAUUUGAUGAAACCUUUUGAAUACAAGAUAGGUUUCAGAUUUUUCUUUCAUAAGGAAAACCCAACACAUCCUUGUAUGAUCAUCAAUAAAAGUGAUGAACCAUCGGGUAUUGGUUAUGUUGGAUAUCCUAGUUGGUCCCCAAAUGUCACUAUGAAUCAAGUGAAAUGGUUUUGAUGGUUUGUAAGCAUGUUUAGGAUGAGGGCUCUUAGUUUGCUUUGCAAGGAUACAAUCCUCAUGAUUGAAAUUCUGAAGUUUAUUUCUGGAAAGAUCUGGAUACAAAAACUUGAGAUAUUCUAAGCUAGGAUGCCCUAAUCUUUGAUGCAAUACCAUCAAUUUUGACUCUAAAACUGAAGCUAACAUGUUUUGAAAAAAUAACCUAGACUCUGUAGGAGAUUCAAGCUGAUUUAUUCGAUAUAAUUCUUUUCUUUUCUCUACCUUGCCAAUCAUCAUCCCCGAGGAUAUGUCCUGAAAAACAUAAUAAGAGAAAAAUGUUAUUGAGCAAUUCCUUUCUGAAGUUAAUUUGCUUACUGAUAUCAGGUUGCAUCUCAGAUUUGGUACAUAGAGUACCGUAUCUAAGCUUAGGCCUGAUAUGUAAGCCUUUCCCUUUCCUUGGGUUGAGGAUUUCGAACAUCAGCUAGUAGUACUGUUAUUUCUUGAUUCACUGGUUCAAAAUUAGAUAAGGUUUCCAGGGAUCCUGUCAUAUGGUUAGUAGCUCUCGUAUCUACAAUCCAACCAUUAGUAUAAGAUCUUUUAGAUAGAAGAGAGUAGCAUAUAUUACCUUGCUUUGCCAAAGACAUCUCAAGGUUAUUUGUUACUUCUGAACUCCUUUUUCCUUUAGAAUGAUUUAGUAAUUGCCGAAGAGCCUAUAACUGAUCGUCUGUAAAAAUGGGCAUAUUUGAGUUACUUUUCUCUGUUUCUGCAACAUAUGCGGAUUGACCACCUUUCCGUUGGUUCCUUGGUUUCCACGAAGCUGGCUUUCCAUGUAUCUUCCAACAGGUUUCCCUAGUAUGAUAGGGUUUAUUGCAGUGGUCACACCAUUGUUUUUCUCUCUAUAUUUCACCUUUGGUGGAGGUAGAGGCCUUUCCUUGUGACAUACUCAAUGCUGAGUAUCCUUCGUUUCCUGCAUGUCCAGCAUAAGGCAGCAUCACUCGUUUCCUACUUUCUUCUCUUCUUACUUCAGCAAACACUUCUUUUAGAGAUGAGAAUGGUUUAGUACCGAGCAACCUGCCCCUUACUUCAUCUAAAUUCGAAUUUAGGCUAUAUAGAAAAUCAAAUACUCUCUCUUUUUCCACCAUUUUAUCAUACUUCAUUCCAUUCGCCGGACUUUCCCAAGUGAUCUCAUAAAAGAGAUCCAUCUCUUGCCACAAUUCAACUAAUGUAUUAUAAUACUCAGUGACCGAGUUGUUAUCUUGCUUUGUGGUUCGGAUAGUGAACUGGACUUGAAAACUUUGUGUUGUGUUUUCAAGGUCCAAAUAUACCUCCUUGACAACCUUCCAAAUUUCGCUUGCCGACUUGUAGAACAAGUAUGUCCUACCAAUCUUUGGCUCCAUGGAGUUUACUAGCCAUGCCAUGAUUGUGGCAUUUUCUGCUUCCCAGACUCCAUAAGUUGCUGCUUCUGCGCUCGGCUUUUCUAUCUCUCUGGUUAGAUAGCCCAUCUUGCCUUUCCCUUUAACCACAAGCAUAACUGAUUGGGACCAUUCAUGAAAAUUGGUUCCAUUGAGCUUAUGCAUGGUUAUUUGGAGAGUAUGGCUAUCAAGAGCUGUUGGAGAGAUUGGAAUCUGAUGAUUCCUAACCUGGGGAGGAGGAUCAGAGGCUGAACUCUCACUUGGUGUAGAGUUCUCGGCCAUUGUGAUGAUCGAUGAGUUCUAGUUGGAGUAGAACUUCCUAUAGACUGCCACAAACUGUGGCUUUGAUACCAUGAAGAAUUUGGGUAGAGACUUGAAUGAAAACUAUCGUAAAUAAUUCAUUCGAUGGUAAUCAGUGUUCGAAAAUUCGGCCUAGGCGGCCGCCUAAGCGUCGCCUAGGCGCUGAGCGGCAACCGGCCGCAUCGAUUUAGGGCUACUCGGUAGCCCUAUGCGCCAUGGUCGACUAAUCGGUUCGCGGCGCCGCCUAGGCGGACCAGGCGGCGCCUAACCGCCUGCGCGGCCGCCUGGGUCGCGCACGACCUGGGCCACCUAGGUCGUGCGCGUCUUGGGCCAACCUUUUUUCCUCCUCCCUUUCUCUAUUUCCCGAUCCCCUUUCCCUUUCUCUCUCUGGUUGUGUUCAUCGCGGCUCCUCUCUCUCUCUCUCUCGCCUUCGAUCUCUUCUUGGUUGUUCGCCACCGCCAUUGAUCUCUUCUCUUGGUCUUGCUCUCUCGUUGCUGCCGACCUCACCUGUUGCCUGUUGGUCGUUCUCUCUCGUCGCCGUUCGCGUCUUGCUGCGGUAUGUAUCCAACCAUCCAUCUUCCUCCGCCAAUGCAAGCUUGCCUUUCUGCAGCAACUCAGCAGCAAGCAGCAACGCAAAGCUACUCAUGGCUCGCUUGCAUAUUGCUUGCUUGCUGCUUCAAGCAGCAAGCUUGCUGCGUCAGCUUGCUGCUUCAAGCAGCAGCUGAUUUGAUUUCAUUUGAUGAGUUUUAGUUAAAUUUUAAUGUAUAUUAUUGAAAUUAUUCAAUACUCAGGGAAAAACAGGAGUCAGGAAGUGAAAUGAAUGAUUCGGAUAGGACUGGAAGUACGGGAGCAUCGUUCGAGGCCUCCUCAAUUCUUAAAAGGAAGUCAAAUGAUGUCGGAUGGGAGUAUGGAAUGUUAAUUGAUCCGAAAAAUAUGGAUAAAAUUAAAUGUAAGUUGUGUGGUAAAAUUAUGUUUGGAGGUGUUUACAGAGUAAAAGAACACAUUGGCCACAUUUCUGGAAAUGUUUCUGCAUGUCCAAAAUCUUCUCCAACAGAUCAAGCCAAAUGUAAGAAUGCUAUUGUCGAGGCAAAGAAUAAGAGGAAAAAUAAGGAGGAGGAGGAAGAUUUGAUGAGAUCAACUGUUAAUAUCUCUGAAAGAGUGGAAGGGGAUGAUAAAGAUGAAUUGCAAGAGUUAGGUAGCAGAAAAACGUCCCGUACUCUUGGCCCUAUCGAUAAGUUUGCAAGCUCCAUCAGCCCUGAAACUUGUUUGAGUGCGAGAAUGAGCCAAAGGCAACAAACUAUUAGUGAAGCACUAUUUAAAGAGAGAACACAGUCUGUUCGUGAAUAUUGUGCUAGAUGGGUGUAUGAAGCUGGUAUACCUUUCAAUGCGAUUGACAAUGAUAGCUUCAAAUUGUUUGUUGAGGCGGUUGGUCAAUUUGGGCCGGGCUUCAAAUCUCCCAGUCAAUACCAAUUGAAGGAACCGCUAUUAAAGGGGGAAGUUGACAGAAUAAAAGAGUUAUUGAAGAAGCAUGAAGAAGAGUGGGCACGAACUGGGUGCUCCAUUAUGACAGAUGCUUGGACAGAUAGAAAAAGGAGGAGCAUCAUGAACCUAUGUGUUAAUUCUAAUGCAGGUACUGCUUUCCUUUCUUCUAGAGAGUCUUCAGAUGAAGCACAUACAAGUGAACUUAUCUUUGAGUAUGUGGAUAAAUGCAUUGAGCAAGUUGGGCCACAAAACGUCAUCCAAGUAGUAACCGACAAUGCUGCCAAUAAUAUGGGAGCGGCAAAAUUAUUGAAGGUGAAGAGGCCAAAUAUCUUUUGGACCUCAUGUGCUACUCACACCAUCAAUUUGAUGCUUGAAAGUAUUGGAAAACUGCCGAAGUAUAAGAAAGUCAUUGAUCAGGCCAAGAGUUUCACAAUCUUCAUUUAUGCACACUAUAAGACCUUGUCCUUAAUGAGGUCAUUUACGAAGAAGAGGGAUAUAGUGAGACCAGGAGUUACUAGAUUCGCUUCUGCUUUCUUGACUUUACAGAGUUUGAUGGAGAAAAAGGCCCAAUUGAGGGCAAUGUUUACCAGCUCCAAAUGGGAGGAGUGCAAAUGGUCACAGAUUGUUAAAGGGAAAGCAGCCUAUGCUACUGUGAUGAGCAUUGCUUUUUGGAAUGGUGUGACUAUAUGCCUUAAAGUUUUUGCACCUUUGGUGAAGGUGCUUCGAAUUGUUGAUGCGGAUAGAAAGCCUUCUAUGGGCUUUUUAUGUGGAGAGAUUAAGCAAGCAAAGGAAGAUAUUAAGGAGGCCUUAAAUAAUCUUGAAAAGAACUAUAAGCCUAUUAUGGAGAUUAUUGAAGCAAGGGUAAAAGAUAGGCUAGAUAGUCCACUACAUUUUGCAGCUUACCUUUUGAAUCCCUACUACUUUUUCAAGGAUAUGGAUAUACAACUUGAUAAUGAAGUGAUGGAUGGGCUUUUUAACUGUGUGGAGAUGUUUUAUCAUUAUGAUGGUGAAUUGCAAGGCCAUGUUAUAAAUGUUGAGUUGCCAAAGUAUACUCGUAAAGAUGGAGCUUUUGGAAAAUCGUGGGCAACUCAAGGGUGUGCGAAAAAUGAUGACAAUUAUAAUCCAGUUACAUGGUGGAUGACUUAUGGAAAUCAAACUCCAAACUUGCAACGAAUGGCGAGAAAGAUUCUCUCGUUAACCACUAGUUCAUCCGGUUGUGAAAGAAAUUGGAGCACUUUUGAAGGGAUACAUACGAAGAAAAGAAAUAGACUAGACGUGAAUCGAUUGAACAAUCUAGUCUAUGUUCAAUUUAAUGCGAAAUUGAUGAACAAGCACAAAAGGGAGAAGGAAAGGAAUGUUGAUGUGCUACUUGCUAGUGAUGCUAGUAAUGCACAAGGAUGGAUCGUUGAUGGAGAAGAUGAUGAAGAAGUUGAGCCUGGUAUGGGACUCACUUGGGAAGUGGUUGGUGAAGCAUCGGGAGCAGACGAGAUGCUUCAAGCUCGAAGAAGUUCUAGGAUGAGAGAGCUUCAUGAAGAUGAUUUUCAAUCAGAAGAAGAAGAUGAGCAAGAAAUCAAUGAAUUUGAUUUUGAGUCCGAUGAAGAUCGUGUAUUGGAAGAAUAUGGAGAGGAAGAAGACCAAUUAGAUAGUUAGACUUAGAUUCUUCGGUUAUGGUUUAUGUUGUAUUAUUGCUACUUCUACCUUCUUGAACUUAUAACUAAUAUAAUAGUUUAUUUUUUGAGUCUUAAUUCCAUUAUUUCACUUGUCUUUUCAACUUUGAUUUACCUGAAAAUAAUAUCAAAUUACAUCAAAAGGUUUUUAGAAAAAAAAAAAAAAAUCAUUUUUCCUAGGCCCCGCCUAGGCGCCCUAGGCGCUAGGCCCCAGCCUGGCGCCCGACUAGCGCCUAGCGCGUUUUUGAACACUGAUGGUAAUGGAACUUAUACACAAAGAGUCCUAAAAACUGUUAACUUAUCUCCUAGACAUCAGCUCACCUAUCUCCUAGAUAUUCUCUUAUUUUAUAGGAGAAGAUUACAAAUUAAUUUACAGAUAACAAGAUAAUCUACAAACUUUAAAUAAUUUUCAGAAUUUUUCUUUUCCAACUUAUCCAGUGAUAAACCUUCUUCUUCCGUGAGAUUAUCUUCCAAGACUCCUAAUGGAUUACAACUUCUUCCAACAAUUACCACUGGAAUCAAAGAAUGGAAGUGGAACGACAAAAAAUUGAGCGGCAUGAGAAAAUGUUUGCUCAUUAGGAGAUAGCAUUGGAGCAACAUCGUAGAUAGUUAAAAAUUGAAGAAAUGCAGUUAGAAGUUAAAAAAAGGCAGGUAGAAGUUGAAGAAAGGUGGGUAGAAGUUGAAGAAAGGCAUAAUGAAAUGAAAAUCAUGGAAACUGACACUAUUGGCAUGGAUCCAAUUUUUGCAACAUAUUGGAAUAACCUGAGAUUAUGAAAAUUGGGGUUUUAAUUUUUAGUUAUUAUUUAUUAUGUUGCUAUUAUUUAUGAAAAAUUGUGUAUUAAGUUUGAUUGCUAUGAAAGUACUUGUGAAAUUGAAAAUACAACUUGAAAUUGAAAUUUAAAAUUUUGACUAUGAAAAUAUAUUCGUUAAAUUAUGAUUGUUAUGAAAACUAUAUCCGUUAAAAUAUAAUCGAUAAGUUUAAUUACAUUUUUUAAUAAAAAAUAUUAAAAUGACACCACUAUUUUGGCACUUGCCAUUGGAGCAGAUUUAUAUUGAGGGAUGCCAUAGGCCCAUAACACUGUUCAAAGUUACAAAUGGGUGAUUUGGCAUCCCAAAAUGGCAACCCCUUUUGGAGUUGUUAUUCCAGUUAAUGCCAAAAUAGGGGUGCCUUCCUCUGUAUUUCUCUCCCCCCCCCCCCUCGCGGCUCCUUCCCCUUCUCCUUCUCCUCUGUGCCUCCUCCCCCUUCCCCUCUCUUGCACCUCCUUCCCCUUUCCCUCUCUUUGUGCCUCCUUCUUUCGUUUGCCAUCACCAACAUUUAUGGCCAAAAGAAAAAUCAGGGAGCAGGAAACUUACAGCGAUUUUCAGAUGACGUUCCGACUUUUGGUAAGUUUUCUCUUCACAAAAUUUAUGUAUUUAUAGAACUUUUUGGUUAAAAUAGAGUCGUUGAAUUGUAACCAUUGGAAUAGUAGAAUUGGAAAAAUGACAGAAUGGUUCAAUGGCACCUCUCCCUUUUCUCUCUCCAGAGUUUGGAAAAUUGGUACCCAAGAACAUUGCUGCCAUUUUGCAACUUUGGAUGCCACCUCUGUUGGAGUGGGAAAUUUUGAAUUUGGGGUGCCAUUUCGGCAGUUAUGGAGUUGGCACCCCAGAUGUCACUCCCCCUUGAAGUUGCUCUUAGUGGCACGACACUCAUAAUAUCAAUUGACUUCUAGAAGUCUCAUUGAUCAAAAGACAUAUUUAUGGACUCUUGAAAUUUAUGUGGGUAUGAACUAUCUAAUUGACAGUGAGGUAUCGGCCUGUUGAUUUGCAUGAUUAUCAUGGUAAUCACUAGACUGAAGUUAGCAGCCUAGUUUUCUAUUGUAUGGAGCUUCUCAAUAUUGUAUUUAUUCUUCCUUUUUUAGCAAGUUGUAUGGACACAGCCAUAAAUUUCUUAUAUUUAACAUUUGAUUGC